AUGUUCUUGUCAAAACAGGAGCAGAAAGCACCUUCAACCGUGACUGGUGUUUUUAAGACUGGUAUUUCCCUGCUUACAACGGGAAGACCUGCUCUUCCUGAAUUUAAAGUCACGAAUUAUGUCUUCUUCUCGAUCGUAACUGUAGAAGAUGGAAGAUCAUUUCUCGGAAUCUUCGACCAGUGGUUUGCUUGGCAAGAGCCUGUUCAGCAGAACAGCAACAGCAGCAAUGGGAAGGAAGAGCAGGCAGAAGCUCUCAAGGAACGAGCUAUGAAACUCAAGACUCAAAAGUCUUAUGGAUCUGCGGCUCAAACAUACAGGCAGGCUGCACAGUUAUAUGAGGGCGGAGGAAGCUUGGGUGAAUAUGAGGCUGCUGUUUGCUAUGAGGAGGCGUACAAGUGUUUUAAAGUUGCUAAAUCUUCGGAGCUCGCGUUGGACUGUUUGGAGGCAGCAGCAAGUAGAUUCUCAAAUAGGGACAGCACAAGGUCUAGAGCUGCACGAUUAUACGAGUCAGCUGCUAGUAACCUCAAAGCCCAAAGACAAGGAGAGAAAGCAGCUCAAUAUUUUGGAAGAGCAUCGUCACUUUACGAACCUGGAGAAACUCAAUCUCUGCUUGCGAAAGCUCAAGAGGCUGAGACUCUAGCAGAAUUCAGCAAAUUCAGCUCGGCCAUCGUCAAAUAUAGAGAGCUGAUACAGGAAUCAAGAUCUGUCGAGAGUCUCAAGUUCUCAAUGCCAAUGCAUAUAUUCUCUGCCAUUCUCUGUGCUUUGCAAUUGGACGAUUGGUCGAUGGUGGCCAAGCUCGUUGGCGACGGCAAGGCCUCGUCCAGUAUGUUUGAACCCUCAACUGAAUGUCGAUUUGUAGAGAGCCUGAUACAAUGUCACGACGACGGUGAUGCCGGAGAGUUUGUUAGAGAAUGCUCAAACUUUGAGCGUACACAUUCAUUGAUACCGUGGAAGAGUCGUUGUCUUGCCACGAUCAAAGACAAUAUGAGCAGAGCUGCAAGCUCGAUUCGAUAA